GGUGGGGGAGAAGGAGGGAGAGGAAGCGGCAGAGGCAGCAGCUCCUUUGAUAAGCAGCUUCCUGAACACUUUCAAACCGUGGUGUUAGACCGACACGCAGCGCCUGCAGGCCUGUGCCGGGACCGACGGAGCCCAUAUCGUGGGGCAGCAGCUGCUUCUCCUCUGAUGGCUCCUUGAUUCCCUGGGAGCUGAGGGCCCUGCGUGUCCACUCCCUGUGCUUCAGGAAAAGGACUUCGCAGCUGCUGCAGCAUGGUACAAGCCUGCUUGGUGUGUUCCAGAGUUCAUAACAGCAGCCUGAGUGCCCAGGCAGCCGGGGCAGACAUGGACAAGCCGGACAAGCCUAGUCCCUCUGCCAGGAAGCAUGUGCAUCUUCAGGAGAGGAGGGGGUCCAAUGUGUCACUGGUGCUGGACAUGAGUUCACUGGGAAGUGUUGAGCCCAUCCAGCCCAUCUGCACACCACGGGACAUCACGCUGAAGUUCCUGAGGACAUCCAGCCAUGUGCUGAGGAGAGAGGAGCUCCAGCAACAUGCCCAGAGCCUGACACAGCUCCAGGAGGAGUUUUUGAAAAUCCCACCCAACUUUGUCAGUCCGGAGGAGCUGGAGAUCCCUGGACGUGCCUCCAAGGACAGAUAUAAAACCAUCCUCCCCAGUAUGUGCCACUGCAUCCCUUUGCCUCACAUUUGCCCAGACCCUGAAAGCCGGGUCUGUCUCAGGAGGGCAAGGAACCAGGAGGAAGACAGCUACAUAAAUGCCAACUACAUCACGGGCUAUGCAGGGCGGCUCCGGGAGUACAUUGCCACACAGGGACCCAUGCUGAACACUGUGACUGACUUCUGGGAGAUGGUGUGGCAGGAGGAGGUGCCCCUCAUCGUCAUGAUAACCAAGCUCCAGGAGCGCAAAGAGUCCCAGGUAGCAGGGAGCGGCAUAGUACUCCUCAUACCAUGCAGUUCUUCCCAGGGUCUUUGCAUCUUGGCAUCCAUGAGGACCACAUUCCAUCUCCAGAAAUGUGUCCACUACUGGCCUGAGAAGGAGGGCACCUACGGCCCCUUCACCGUCCGUGUGCAGGGGUUGAGUGAGUGCGUGGAGUACGUUGUCCGGGAUCUCUCCAUCCAGCUUGAAGGUGAAUGCCGCCAGGUCAAACACAUCCUCUUCCCUUCCUGGCCGGACCAGCAGACACCCGAGUCAGCCAAGCCCCUGCUGCACUUGGUGUCCAAGGUGGAGGAGGCUCUGCAGGCUGCAGCCAGCCCAGGGCCGAUCGUUGUGCACUGCAGUGCAGGCAUCGGCCGGACAGGCUGCUUUAUUGCUACCAGGAUCGGGUGCCAGCAGCUGAAGGACAAGGGCGAGGUGGAUAUCCUGGGAAUUGUGUGCCGUCUCCGCAUAGACAGAGGUGGGAUGAUCCAGACGAGCGAGCAGUACCAGUUCCUCCAUCACACACUAGCUCUCUACGCUUCCCAGCUGCCAGAGGCAGGAGGCCACUAGCACAGGGCUGCAGGCUGCCAGCUCCCCACUCCAACCUCUCCUGAACCAGCCUGGGGGACGCCUCCACCAAAACUCCUCCUGCUGCUGCUGGGCCACAGAGCAGCAGCAUGAGCAUCCCUCAGGAUGAGCACAACCAAGCAAACCCAUAGGGACUGUGGCCCUGGGGACAAGCCAGAUUUGGUGGGUUCAUGUGAAGGAUUGAUUCAGUGGGCGCUCCAGGUGGCCAUUGCUGCUUGCUUGAGGCAGAUUUCACCCAUGGAAAGAAGCUUUGGCUUUUGAAAUGUGCAACGUUUUGUCCUCAACCAGAAGAACAAGCUGUGUGGAGGAAAUGAAGCUGGGUGAGCGCCGGGAGCACGGGUUGCCUUUUAGCUGCACAGAAAUGUUUACCCUGUUAGAUGCAGAGCUGGUAGAAUUACCCUGCAAAUAAACAGAGCCUCUCUCCUGA